AUGAGUAUUUUGGAGAAAUCGACUACAGUAAGUGAUGGUAGUCAGAAAUCAAACAUUGCCAAUACUAACAAUGAAUUGUCAAAAGAAGAAAAACUCAGAAAACGUAGAGAACAAUUAGAACUUUGGAGGCAAAAGAAACAACAACAACAACAACAGCAAGAAGAACAACAAAAGGAAACUAUUGAGAAUGCGAAUUCACAAGAUGAUAAGAAGAAUAAAGAAGAAGAUAUAAAGAAACUGAGACAACAGAGAAUUGAAGAAUGGAAGAAAUCAAGAUUACAGAAACAAAAUCAAGAAAAACCUAAAACAACAAGUAUUUCAAUUAAAAAGAAACCAUAUACAAGUACUGGAAAUAAUGAAUCCAAGAAAAGAUCACUGGUAUUUGAUGAUGAAGAUGAUGAUUUGAAAAAAGUAAAGAAACCUAUGUUUAAGAAACCUGAUUUGAAAAACAUAAGUCUGACAAAUAAUAAAGAAGACAAUGAAUCAGAAGAUGAACUUGAUUUAUUUUUGGCAACACUCGAAGAGUCAGAAAAGAAGAGUAUUACUCCAGAAAUUCACGAUGAUGAAAUAUCCGAUGAUAACAAUGAUGAUGAUGAUGAUGACGACGAGGAUGAUAACGACGAGGAUGAGGAUGAAGAUACAAGGUUACAAAAUUUGAUUUCCUCAAAAUUAACCAAAUUACAAAAUAAAGGCAAAGAAUUGCAAUCAAUUGAUCAUGCUCAAGAAAAUUAUGAACCUGUUAGAAAAUCAUUUUAUCAAGAACCUUAUGAAUUACUGUCAUUACUGCCAGAAGAUGUUAUAACUAUGAGGCAAGAAUUGGAUAAUACCAAAGUUCAUGGAAUUGAUGUUCCUAGACCAGUUUUAAAAUGGGGUCAUUUAUCAUUACCUUCAAAUAUUUCAUCAGUGAUUCAUGAUAAAUUAAAAUUUGAAAAGCCAUCUUCAAUUCAAAGUCAAGCACUACCAACUAUACUUUCCGGCCGUGAUGUGAUUGGUAUUGCGAAAACUGGUUCUGGUAAAACAUUGUCCUAUGUAUUACCAAUGAUCAGGCAUAUUCAAGAUCAACGUAAACUUGAAUCAAAUGAAGGACCUAUUGGUUUGAUUCUAAGUCCUACAAGAGAAUUGGCGUUACAGAUUCAAAAGGAAAUAUUGCAUUUCACAAAGGAUAAUCCAAAUCUCCGAGUUUGUUGUUGUUAUGGUGGUGCAUCUAUAGAAUCUCAAAUUAAUGAGUUGAAAAAAGGUGUUGAGAUUGUGGUUGCUACUCCUGGUAGGAUGAUUGAUUUAUUAGCGGCCAAUUCUGGUAGGGUAACAAAUUUGAAACGUACUACUUAUGUUGUGUUGGAUGAAGCUGAUCGUAUGUUUGAUUUGGGAUUUGAACCACAAGUAACCAAGAUUUUCACACAAAUUAGACCUGAUAAACAAACUGUAUUAUUUUCAGCUACUUUCCCCAAAAAAAUGGAAGUGUUGGCGAAGAAAAUUCUCGUAAAUCCAGUGGUGAUAAUUGUUGGUGGUAUUAGUGUUGUUGCUUCUGAAAUUAAACAAAAAGUUGUGUUAUUCAACCACACGUCAGAUGACAUUUAUAAAACUGAAAGAAUGAACAAGUUAUAUGAAGUGUUAUCCGAAUACCAGAUGUUCAAUCCCAAAUCAAAGAUUCUUGUAUUUGUGGAGAAGCAGAGUGAUGCCGAUGAAUUAGUAACCGACUUAUUAAGAUCUGGUUAUCCCUCAGUUGCAUUACAUGGUGGUAAAGAUCAGAUGGAUAGAAAAUAUGCCAUCAAAGAAUUUUCAAGCAAUGAUAGUGGGUUAAACAUUUUAGUUGCUACUUCUGUUGCAGCAAGAGGAUUAGAUGUCAAGAGUUUGGGAUUAGUUAUCAAUUUUGAUCCUCCUAAUCAUAUGGAAGAUUAUGUGCAUAGAGUUGGGAGAACAGGCCGAGCAGGAAGUAAAGGUCAAGCUAUCACAUUUGUUUGUUCUAAUCAAGAAAGGGAAAUUACAAGCUUAGUAAAAGCAUUGAGAUUAAGUAAAGCUGAAGUCGAUCCGGAUUUAGCAGCUAUCGCAGACAAGUUUUUGUGUAAAGUGAAACUGGGUAAGGUGAAAUUUGGUUCUGGGUUCGGAGGUAAAGGAUUGGAUAAUUUACAAGAAAUUAGGGAAUCCAAGUUACAAUUAGAGAAACAAAGAUACGGAGAAUCUCUGGAGGAGAAACAAAACGAUUCCAAUAAACAGAAAUCUCCCCUUACUACUAGUACUACUACUACGUCAUCAACGGAGAUAUCUUUACCAGAAUUUGAAAUUGUUGAAGGAAAUACUCCAGAUGCUUCAGGACCAGACACAUGUAAAUUCCAUUGUCGUAUUGUUAUUAAUGAUUUACCACAAGAAGCCAGAAUAAGAAUUGUCCAUGGCCCAACAAUUGCAAAAAUAAUUGAAGAAUCACGAACUUCGAUAACUACAAGAGGUCAAUAUUAUCCUCCAGGUACGAAAGCUCCAAGUGAAAAUAAUAAAUCUACUUCGAAAUUGUAUUUAUUAGUUGAAGGUCUAACCCGACAAGCAGUGGCUGAUGCUAUAACACUGAUUAGAACGAGAAUUGUUAAUGCGUUAGAAAGAAUAGAUCAUAAGGAGAGUACUCAACAUACAGGUGGUAGAUAUGUUGUAUAG